AGUUGGCAGCAGAAGUUUGAAUGCUCAGUUAUACGUCUAGCCUUCACCGACUUCCAGUGUUCGAAGCAACAGAGCAAAGAAAGAGUUCCGAACGUGACUGAGAGAGGCAGGUUUCGUUAACGAUUGUUUGAUCGACUCUGCUAAUAACUUAGCCUCUGAUCAUGCUUACACUUGCCAUUUUCAGUUUGCUUUUGCACUUUGCGCUGCAAGCUUUGUCUCCUCUGGACCAGGUGUUCCAGUAUAUUGAUGAACAUCAGGACGACUAUGUCCAGAAUCUGAAAGAAUGGAUAGCAAUCCAGAGUGAAUCAGGCAAUCCGACAAAGAGAGAGGAUGUGAUUCAAAUGAUGCAGGUUGUGGGUGAGAGAAUCAAAGGCCUCGGAGGAACUAUUGAGCUAACAGAUCUGGGCAAUGAGGAGCUUCCCUGUGGAAAAAUCAUUUCAUUACCUCCAGUGGUUUUGGGUGAAUUGGGAAAAGAUCCAAAUAAAACUACAGUCUGCAUUUAUGGUCAUGUUGAUGUUCAAGCUGCGAAAAUCGAGGACGGAUGGUCUACAGACCCAUACCUGCUAACAGAAAAGGAUGGUAAUCUUUAUGGACGUGGAUCCUCGGAUGACAAAGGUCCUGUUUUAGCUUGGCUCCAUGCUGUUGAAGCCUUUCAAGCACUGAAGCAAGAACUUCCAGUGAAUUUAAAGUUUAUUUUUGAAGGGAUGGAGGAAUCUGGAUCUAAGGGACUGAAUAAAUUCUUGAAAGAGAAAAGUGAGACCUUUUCUUCCAACAUAGACUACAUUGUUAUAUCAGACAGCGGAUGGCUAAGCAAGAAGCCAGCCCUGACCUACGGAACACGGGGAUUAUGCUAUUUCAUUGUAGAGGUACAAGGUGCAAAUCAAGAUUUGCACUCUGGUCUGUACGGGGGUGCGGUACAUGAGGCAAUGACUGACCUGAUAGCUCUCCUAGACAGCCUUGUGAAUUCAACUGGUCAUAUUCUGAUUCCUGGAGUUGAUUCGGAUAUUGUGCCCCUAACAGAGGAGGAACGUGUUUUGUAUGAAGCAAUUGAAUUUAAUCUUGAAGCCUUCAAGCAUAGCAUUGGUACAACAGAACUCCUUCAUAAAACCGAGGAGGAUAUUCUCCUUCAUCGAUGGCGAUUUCCAUCGCUGUCUAUUCACGGAAUUGAAGGAGCUUUCUCAGGACCUGGAACUAAAACUGUUAUCCCAGCCAAAGUGACAGGAAAAUUCUCCAUACGCUUAGUGCCCAACAUGGAUCCUGAAAAGCUGAGCAGUCAGGUGACAACGUAUCUCAAUGGAGUCUUUGCAGCACGUGGAAGUUCCAACAAACUGCGAGUGGCUUUGGAAGCUGGAUCAAAACCUUGGGUUGCAAAUGUCACUGACAAGCAAUACAAUGCUGGACAAAGAGCCAUCAAAAAGGUGUUUGGACUGGAAGCUGAACUGAUCCGAGAAGGAGGAACGAUUCCUGUCAUCAGAACGCUCCAGGAUACUAUGCAGAAAAGCGUGAUGAUGUUGCCAAUUGGCAGCCCUGAUGAUGGCGCACAUUCCCAGAAUGAAAAACUCAGCAGGGAUAACUACAUAAGUGGCACAAAGUUGUUUGCAGCAUAUAUGACUGAAAUUUCACAGCUUUAAGAAGAAUGGUCUACAUUAUAAUAUAUCCAGACUGAUUUUUGUUUUCAUUAGCCAAGCAUAUGGCAUAUUGUAAUAAGUAACAUGAGAUUGCAUGGGAAAAAAAUUAGAGUUGGUUCUGGAUAAUUUUUUAAAAAUAAAAUGGAAAUCAGAAAUUGAAAUUACAUGUAUGCAAAAUGAAUUCUCUGAUAUUAGCCAUGCAAAUAUUUUCUGUUGCAUCUUUUCAAUUGUAAUGGGAAAAAAGUCCAUAAAUCAUGUUAAUAUGUG